GAAUAACUCCUCCUUUCUCUAACACUGUUGAACUUACAUGGACAUUACUAGAGGCAUGGGAAAAUCAAACAUGUAGACCAACAGAUUUCGGUCCUGCCGAACAAGUUUUACCCCUUCUGUGUGGAAACGAUCUGACGGGAUCGGACGAGAGAUCGAGAGAUGCUGUGAUUGCGCGCUCGUCUCCAGACCUCUCUGCGAACAUAUAGACAUUAAGCGAAGAGUUUCAUGGAGAUCUGGUCGGAUGACAGCUGGAACUGUUGUUAUAACUGGAGGAAUUCUUGCUACGGUGAUACUCCUGUGUAUCAUUGUCGUGCUCUGUUACUGUCGACUUCAGUAUUAUUGCUGUAAGAAGAAUGACUCCGACCCAGAUGCUGUUUGCCAACAACCGCAGUUUGCCUGCAACGCAUGCAGCACCCCCAGGGCGGAUUGGGCCAUGGCUAGCCCACUCUCCCUGUCGCCGGAACCCAAGCCAUCACAGAGUUUCUGCCCCACUUGCUCUCCAUACAGCUCGCCAUUCUACGUUCGCACCAUGGAUGAAACACGGAAUGGUGGCGAACGGAUCACGUACAUGCCCACCCACUAUGACAGCCCCUCCCUGUCUCUUACCCUUCCUUCUUUACACAGCGCAUCAUUGAGUUCCCGAACCCAACCGGAAUUCUACUCCAACACAUGUGCCAUUAGCACUGAUGUCUGAUCAGUGACAUCCACUAACUGGUCGCUGAUGCCUCUACUUUGCUGUACUCAGACCUGAGUGUUACAGCGCAGAGUGAAAGGGGACAGAGUUCACACCAAACAUGUUUUUGCAUCGCGUUUUUCUAUGUAAACAUGCUAGACGGACGUCUUUGACCAUUGUGCUGUGUUUCACUAUUUUUUCAGCUUCUUGAGCAGGAGUGCUGCGUUGUUUAGACGCCAUGUCAAGGUACUGUAAAAACAAUUGUUAUAUAUGCAUUUUGAGACCUGCCUUAUGUUAUUUGUUGCACUUCGUCUAGCUUUUUUUUUUAGUACAAGAAUGCGUUCUAGGCCUACUUUGAAAAUGUGGAAGUUUGUCGGUUUUGGCUUUCAGUGUUUUCAUAUUGUAUCUGCAUACCUUUUCAUUCUAUGGUGCUUUGAUCCCGCCAUGGAAAAAAAUAAAUAAAAAAGGUUAUUCUGACCUUUUAUCUUGCAAGUGUGAAAAAUAUAGUGGAAAUUGCCAGGUAUAAAGUUGAAAUUACAUUAAAUAAAGUCACAAUAGCCUUUAUUAAAGGUGCAAUUUUAUCCCCAUAAUAAAAAUGUUUACUCCUAAAGAAAUUAAUUGUAAUUUUGAAACUAAUUAAAUGAAUUGUAAUUUUAAUAUGUAUAAAAUCAUGACCACUCACAUGAGAUGAAGACUCUAGUCAUAUCAGUAACCUUAUAAAAGCUGUUUUAUUCUACAUGGGGCAGGGGCGCCCUCAUGGGUUUUAGAAUCACAUGAGCAGCUUAAUAUUACUACGGUAGCUUCAUCUCAGUAACCGUCUUGUUAUUGGACACUUUCACUCAUGGAUUAAACUAAUCAUGGCUGAUUGUGAAUAGUGAAUUUCUACAAUGGUAUCUAAAAACUGUAGAGUUUGAAUGAUGCUGCAUCCACACCACUAGGUGUCACUGUAAGUCCAAAAUGACACGAACAAAAAGUUACUGAGUGCACCUUUAAGUCAACUUAAUUUCUCGCAAUUGCAAGUUUAGAUCACGUAAUUGCGACUUUAUAUCUUUCAAUUGCUACCUUUUAUCUCACAGUUGCUUCAAUAUAGCUUGCAUCUGUGACUUUAUAUCAUGCCAUUGUGAUGCAAUUUUGAAUUUUUAUCACGUAAUUGUGAAUUUACAGUGUAACAUGCAGUUGUGACUUUAUAUCUUGCAAUUGUGACUUUAUUUUACACAGUUAUGACUACACUACCAGUCAAAAGUUUUGAAACACUUGACUGAAAUGUUUCUCAUGAUCUUAAAAAUCUUUUGAUCUGAAGGUGUAUGCUUAAAUGUUUGAAAUUAGUUUUGUAGACAAAAAUAUAAUUGUGCCAACCUAUUAAUUUAUUUCAUUACAAAACUAAAAUGUAAAAAAAAAAAAAAAAAUUUUUUUGAAAUUGAUGACUUGGACCAAAUAAUAAAGAAAAGCAGUCAAUAAGUGCCCAACAUAGAUGGGAACUCCUUCAAUACUGUUUAAAAAGCAUCCCAGGGUGAUAUUUCAAGAAGUUGGUUGAGAAAAUGUCAAGAGUACAUGUCUGCAAAUUCUAGGCAAAGGGUGAGUACUUUGAAGAUGCUAAAAUAUAACACAGUUUUGAUUUAUUUUGGAUUUGUUUAGUCACAACAUAAUUCCCAUAGUUCCAUUUAUGUUAUUCCAUAGUUUUGAUGACUUUACUAUUAUUCUAAAAUGUUAAAAAAAAAUUAUAAUAAAGAAUGAGUAAGUGUUUCAAAACUUUUGACCGAUAGUGUAUUUCUAGUAAUUGCAGAUUUAUAUCACCAAAUUGCGACUUUAUAUCUCACAAUUGCGACUUUAUCACACCAUUGUGAUAUAAAUCGCAAUUAUGAUGUUAUAUGAUGUAGAUGCGACUUUAUAUCACACAGAUGCAACUUUAUAUCUCGCAAUUGCGACUUUAUAUCACCCAAUUGUGACUUUAUUUUGUGCAGUUGCGACUAUAUAUCUUGCAAUUGUGACUUUAUUUUAUGCAGUUGUGACUAUUUCUAGCAAUUGCAGCUUUAUAUCACACAAUUGCGACUUUAUAUCACACAAUUGCGACAUUACAUCACUCAGUUGCAAGUCUGUGUCACAUAGUUAUGAUUUUAUAUCUUACAAUUGUGAUUUUAUAUUACACAGUUGUGACUGUUAUUUGUUACUGCAUAAUAUAAUGUCAUAAUUGUGUGAUAUAGUUGCAAUUAUGAAUUUAUAUUACGCAGUUUCUUUAUAUCACAAUUGUGACUUUGUAUCACGCAAUUGCAACAUUAUAUCACACAGUUGCCACUUAAUAUAUCGCAAUUGUGACUUAAUGACAAUUUCACAUAGUUGUGACAUGAAAUAAUAGCGACUUUAUAUCACGCAGUUGCGACUUUAUAUCACGCAGUUGCGACUUAUAUCUCGCAAUUGUGACUUCAUAUCCUGCAAUUGCGACUUUAUAUCACGUAAUUGCGACUUUAUAUCACGCAGUUGCUACUUUAUAUCACGCAGUUGCCACUUUAUAUCUCACAAUUGUGACUUAAUGACAAUUUCACGUAGUUGUGACAUGAAAUAAUCGCGACUUUAUAUCACGCAGUUGCAACUUUAUAUCAUGCAGUUGCAACUUUAUAUCAUGCAGUUGCAACUUUAUAUCAUGCAGUUGCAACAUUAUAUCACGCAGUUGCAACUUUAUAUCACGCAGUUGCAACUUUAUAUCAUGCAGUUGCAACAUUAUAUCAUGCAGUUGCAACUUUAUAUCACGCAGUUGCUACUUUAUAUCACACAGUUGCGACUUAUAUCUCGCAAUUGUGACUUCAUAUCCUGCAAUUGUGACUUUAUAUCACGUAAUUGCGACUUUAUAUCACACAGUUGCAAAUUUGUCUCACAAUUGACACUUAAUAUGACACUGUUACGACUUUAUAUCACUUUGCGACAUAUCAAGUAAUUACGACUUAAUACAGUAUCACACAGUUGUGACUUUAUAUCUCUAAUAAUUAUGAGAAAUAAAGUCACAAUUGUGAGAUAUAAAGUCAAAAUGACCUUUUAUUUAUUAUUCCGUGGCAGGAUUCGGCUUCCCUAUAAUCCAAAUCAAAACGAAAUUAUUUGUAUCAGUUUAUCAGUUUAAUACAAACUGAUACAGAUAGUUGUUCCAGAACCUGUGUCACCCCUGUUUUGCUGAUUUUUUUGCUUGAAUUGGGGUUGGCAGUAUUCAAAUUGGGGUGCUGAGGUGGUACCAGACAAAACAUUAAACUUUAAAAAAUGUAAUUAAACUAUAAAAAAUUAAAAUCUGUUGAUUUUGUUGCCCCGAUAUUACAAGUGUGUGUACUUGUGUUUUUGAAUCCCUAGUCCUGAAACGGGGGAGGACGCGGAGCAUUGGAGUGACCCUCCAAGAUCUCACAGUUUGAACAGUGAGGCUAAGGGCUCCUGAUUUUCAAAGUGGCCUUCAACCACUGUUCAGGCCUUUAAAUUUAGAGCCUCUUUUAAUAUUUUAACAUGUGGGCUUCCUUUAAUGGGCCACUGUACUGUAUGAGGGCUAUUCUAUUACUCACCUUGACCUUGUCUUGAGAAUUAUUUUAGUGUGCCACAAUAAAACAGUAUUGUAUGUCUUUGUUAUGUAAAAUAUCUUUAAAAAAAGCUUUUAAUAGGACACAAAUAGUAAAUAGAAUAAAGACAAUUACUUUCUGAGCUGCUUGCUCUAAUGAACAGAUGAUAUUUUUAGAGCUUUCUCUAUGCAAGUUCAACAUGCUCAGUCAUAAUGUACGUAAAAUAGACACAUCCAAAUGAGUGUUUUUCUGUCUCUUUGUUCAAAGAUAGGAUGUUUUGAGUAAUUUAUUGAUGUUUUAUUUAUUAUUCAAUUUUAAACCACUGUCAAAAAGAGGGAAGAUUAAUUUUUCUGUUCUCAAAAUGUCAGAUGAUACAUUUUCUCUUUACUACACAAAAAUUUUAAUGUGUGUAAAUUAUACAAUUAUAUUUAAAUGUGUAAUGUAUUUAUUAACAAGAAUUUUAAUUUAGCCAGAAAAUGUGAUGUUUUAUCAAGGUUUAUGUGCCCCUCUAUUGUAUGUAUCCACCCAAACAGGCAAGAUUUUCACAACUUGUGAUUCUUGGAACACUUUAUGGCUGUUUUGUUCACAAAUCCACAGUUUUAUUUGUUAUGUAUCUUCUUAAGAUAGAAGAAACUAUUAGUUUCUAAUUGAAGACUUUUUUAUUGUAGUGUCUUUAGAUUGUUUAGAAUGUGAACAACAUUUUACAAAUGAUCCAGUAAGCAAAUAAAUAAAUAAAGAAUCUGUAUUACGGUGUGUUGCGCAGAAUAAUAUAUCAACACAUUGUAAUAGUGUUUUUUGAUAGAAAAGUAAACAUGUCUCAGAAGUGAAACAAUGCGGAAAUAAGGAAAUGUGUAUAUGCAGGGACUAUAUAUUUAUCAUUGAUGGACUUUCCCCACUUUGGUCCUAAUAUAUAUUAUCCAAUGAGGUUAUACGAGUUCAGAAGGUGGUGCGGUAUGAACAACAUUCAUUGUAAAAUGUUCAUAAUUUUCAAGUGUGAUUAAAAA